GUAAAAUUGGCGCCAAAACGUCAAAGUAACUGUGUGUUUAAAAUUCAUUUUUGUUAGCUGAGAAAAGGCUUGCAUAAGAAUGGAUCCAGAGUUUGAUGAUGAGGGCGAUGAUUUGAUCUCAUCCUUUUUACUUCCUGAAGAAAAAACAAAAAUAGUGAAAAACAUUGAUGAAAAUAAAGAAAACUGGAUAAAGUCAGUUAGCCUACCGAAGGAGUUCCCUUUCCCAUUUGAGCCCUACGAGAUACAGAAGGGCUUUAUGCAGGGUUUGUACACUUGCCUGGAGCAGGGACGGGUCGGAAUCUUUGAAAGCCCUACUGGAACUGGGAAAUCUUUAAGCCUGAUAUGUGGGGCUCUACGCUGGCUGAAGGAUUACCAGGACCAACAAAAGAGGGAACUAGAACAGCUGCUGUCUGGGGACACAAGCAAGAGUGAUGAAAACAAGGAAAACAAGAAUGGCAACAGUGCAGAUGGAGAGCUGGACUGGAUUAGUGAGUUUAAAACCAAGCAAGAGACUGGGGAAAGGAGCAAGAAAAUCAAGGAGGAAGUCGAGCAGAGGCUGAAACAGGAGGCCAAACUGACUGACAUGAGGAAGUCUCGACUAUCAGCCAUGAAGAGAAAGAGAGCCAAGCUUGAAGAAGAGUUUGAUAGCCUGAUGAAAGGAGCCUCUCCUGAAGUAAAGCAGUCGCUUAAUUCUGAACUUGCGGAGAACCUCUCAGGAGAGGGGGACCUGGAUGAUGGGGAUGAGGCCCUGAUAGUGGCUGACUAUGCCAGUGAUGAGGAGGCAAAGACAGAGGGCAGUGAUGAUGAGGGUGAUCAGGAAACAGUACACUGUACUAAGGUGUACUUUUGCAGUCGAACUCACUCUCAGCUCUCUCAGUUUGUGAAGGAGAUUAUCAAGUCCCCUUAUGGUGAUAAUACAAGAGUUGUGUCUCUUGGAUCCAGGCAGAACCUGUGUGUGAACGAGGCAGUGAGAAAGUUGAAGUCUGUGACACUUAUCAAUGAUACAUGCCGGGACCUCCAGAAAAAGAAGUCAGAUAAGAAGCCAACAUCUGAUGGCAAGAAGAGGAAAGUAGGCAUAUCUAAGGGCUGCCCAUACUACCGUCAGGAUCCAAUACAGGAUUACCGAGACUCAGCAUUACUUGAGGUUCGCGACAUCGAGCAACUUGUCACCCUUGGCAAACAGAUGAAGGCGUGCCCCUACUUUGGCACUCGACUUGCUAUACCAGAUGCUGAGAUAGUUGCAUUGCCCUACAACACACUGCUGCACAAAUCAACACGGGAGGCAAGCGGCAUCAAACUGAAAGACAACAUCGUGAUUAUAGAUGAGGCCCACAACCUCUUGGAAACCAUCAACAGUGUACACAGCACUGAGGUCACUGGUGCACAGUUGGUUCGAGCCCACAGCCAGUUGAGCCAAUAUGAGAGUCGUUACCGGUCACGUCUUAAAGCUCAGAACCUCAUGUACAUCAAGCAGAUACUUUCAAUUCUCCAAAACCUCACCAAAUGCCUUGGAGGCAAGACGGAUCAGGUCCCAGACCAACAGAUGCUGCCAUUUGCAGAAACUCGGCUGUGGACAAUCAAUGACUUCCUCUUUCACUGUCAGCUCGACAAUGUUAACAUGUUCAAGGUUCUCCGAUAUUGCAAGAAAAGUCUCAUCUCUCGAAAGCUCUAUGGCUUUGUUGAAAAAUACAACCCUGAGAUAAUUCCUGCAGCUGAAAAAGAGAAGAAAGUGGAGUCUAGUACAUCCAGCCUGUCCAACUUUCUGAAGACCAUCAGUGGCAAGGGAGCACACCCCGACACAGGGCCAGCUCCUGAUGCUGUGGAAGAAAGAAGAGAGAGGGUGGUUAUGAACUCCCCCCUGAUGCAUAUUGAAGGGUUUCUUCUUUCCCUGACCAACGCUGACAAGGAUGGCAGGAUUGUCGUUAACAAGCAGAAGUUGUUGAGCCAGUCCAGUAUCAAGUUUCUCCUCCUUAACCCGGCCGUUCACUUUGCGGACGUGGUGCGAGAAGCUCGUGCAGUGAUUGUUGCUGGGGGAACCAUGCAGCCUGUGUCAGAGUUCAGAGACCAGCUAUUUGGAGCGGCAGGAGUUCCUCCAGCCCGAGUCCUAGAGUACUCGUGUGGUCAUGUAAUUCCUGGAGAGCAGCUCCUACCAAUCGCCAUGGUAACUGGACCCACCGGUGUUCAACUGGACUUUACAUUCCAGAAUCGAAGCAAGACAACGCUGCUAGACGAGCUUGGUCGGGUUGUGCAUAAUGUGUGCAAGGUUGUCCCUGGCGGGGUCAUCUGCUUUUUCCCGUCUUAUGACUAUGAGCAGUUUGUGUACACUCACUGGGAAAACACGGGUGUUCUUGCCAAAAUUGGCAUCAAGAAAAAGGUGUUUCGGGAGCCCAAGAAAGCUAGCCAGGUGGACCAGGUGUUGGCAAGAUACUCAUCAUGCAUACAGAACUGUACAGGGAGCAUGACUGGGUCUCUCCUGUUCUGUGUAGUUGGAGGCAAGAUGAGUGAGGGCAUCAACUUUGCAGAUGAUAUGGGCAGAUGUGUCAUGAUGGUGGGCAUGCCAUACCCGAACAUUAACUCCCCUGAACUUAAGGAGAAAAUGGAAUACCUCAACGCAAACUAUCCGAAGGACAGUGAAGGUAGGAAGCCAGGCCAGGUGCACUACGAAAACCUCUGUAUGAAGGCAGUCAACCAGUCCAUAGGUCGUGCUAUCCGUCACCAAGGAGACUAUGCCACCAUUCUGUUAUUAGACCGGAGAUACUGCCGAGCUGGGACAGUGGCCAAACUUCCAGGAUGGAUCUCUAAACACAUUCAGAAGGAGGAGAAAUUUGGUCCAGCUCUCGCCUCUAUAUCAAAGUUCUUUGCCAACAAAAGGUGACGACCAGACCAUGUAGCUGAAUAUACAUAACAAAAAGACUAAGAAAAAAAAGAGGGCAAGAAAGACAAAGCAGCUCAAAUGCUUGUUGAGUCCUUCACUGAGUGACCAUUGGUCAGUUGUGAAAAGUGGACAUCUGCUGGCAUCCUCCUGCAAUGAUCUGGAGAGGAGUGUGGACUGUUAAAAUUUGUUUGGAUACAUGUAUCUAUAUUUAAGAUACCAAACUAGAAGGUUAAGAGAACUAUAUGAUUGGAUUAAAAAUAUUGCAUAUUAAUUCCAAUGACUCUUUUCUUAUAUUAGUUGUUACACGUUAAACUUGCACUUCCCCUCAAGUAGGGUUAUUGAAAAUAAUUUGUUCUGUGUUGUUAAGUGUUUUGUAUGUUAACGCUACUGUACUUAAUUGUUUUAACUUGAAAUAGUUGAUAUUUGGUACAUAUGUUUCCCAUCAUAAUAUUAAUGUCAAGUUCAACUUUGUUUAUGAACCGCUGUUUUUUUAUGGAGUUAAAGGCUACUUUUCAACUUAGGAUUUGCUCAAAAUACUGUGUAUGCCUUACAAUAAGGAGCGGAAACGUGACAGAUUAUUAUUCAAUAUUAUCGCCCCGCCACAUGGCAUAUUUUCGGUGCAGAACAUGGCGUUUCACAUAUUUUCGACCAGCCGUAUAACGUAUUUUCAAAUACAGAUGGCAGAAAUCGGCCACCAAAGAUAUCAGCUAAAGAAUAAUAUGAAAGUGAAUAACAUCUCGAGGGGUGUAUGCGAAAAGGUUCUAAGUGACAUUAAAUAAAGAAGCAGAUAGAACCUUUUCGCUUUCACCCCUCGAUCUGGUGUGAACCAUCAGUGCCAAGGGAGGGAACUCCGAAUCACUUAAAUGGGAUUGAAGAAGUUAGAGUUGUUUUGCUUGAUAUACUUAGUGAAAGGGACGGUACUCCUCAGAGCUUUGCCUAUUUUGUACUCAUACAUAAAUGGUAUUCAAAAAAUAUAAUAAAACGUGUUAUAUCAUAUCUUGUCAGAUAACUUACAUACUUAGUGUAAAAGAAGGGGAGAUUAUAUGUUGCUCAUGAUGCACAUUGAAUGUAUUUUUAAAUCUUUUAUGGCAUUAAAUCCCUUUGGACCCUCUAUGGCAGGUGUCUAAAAGAUCGAAGGGA